CCAGCACACCAGCCACUACACCUUGACCAUGCGGACAACAAAUUUCUGCUCUGUGUAGUAUUUUCAUCUGAGACCGUCCAAAUAGGCACCAUAAGUCCUGUCAAUUACGUUGGUGAACACAGUUCCCGCCCCAGUUUCACCUACAGGAUAUCCAAUAUGGCGACAGUCCGACUCAUCUACUUUGAUGGCCGUGGUUUAGGCGAAGGCGUGCGAUUCAUGCUUGCAGCAUGUGGCAUUGAGUUCACCGACAUAAUGCUCGAAGAGAGACAAGAAUAUGAAAAGUUACUGGAAGAUGGGAAACUGUUGUUUAAACAGGUGCCACUGUUGGAGAUUGAUGGCUUGGAGUUAGUACAAACUUCCGCCAUUGUCAGAUACAUAGCCAGGAAGGGAGGACUAUACGGACAUUCAAAUGAGGAAUCAGCUAAGAUUGACAUGUUUUACGAAGGAACACGUGAUUUCUUCUCCUAUUUCCUUAAGAUUGGCUUCCAAGAUCCAACAGAAGUAUUAGAAAGAGCCAAGUCUAAAGGCUUAUCCCGCUAUCUGCCUAUCUUUGACCAGGCCCUGAAGAAGAACGGGACAGGUUUUCUGGUGGGUAGCGCUAUGAGCCUUGCUGAUGUCGGUCUGAUUGAGGCACUGCUCAGUGUAACGGAAUACUUCGGGGAAGACACGCUCUCAGACUACCCGUCAUUGAAGGCUUUCAACACAAUGAUGGUAUCACAGGAAAGGAUUGCUGCCUUUCUGAAAAGCCCUCAGAAGAAGGGAGGCAACACAGAUGCCUAUGUGGCAACCUGCAGGAAGGUCCUGGAGUUGGACAUUUAGGAAUUCAAGUACCAUCUACAACCACUAAGGUCUGCCUGGAACUAGACGCUGACUAGCUCAAAAUAAAUUGAAUUAUUACAUUUA